AUGUCUCCCAGCGCAACAGGAACCCCAUCUGCCGGCCCCCUCGCAUCGGCGUUGGACUCGGGAAAUACGUCGAGCGGUAAAGUGAAGCGACUCCAUCAGAUCCCAGUCCCCGAGACGAAAGAGGCCGCCCGCAGAUGGCAGCUGGAACAAAUGGCCGCCGCAUUUCGCAUCUUUGCCAAGUUGGGUUUCUCGGACGGCGCCAGCGGACACAUCAGCCUCAGAGCGCAUGAAGAUCCCGUAAGACCGGACACGUUCUGGAUCAACCCGUAUGGCGUACAUUUUGGCGUUCUCAAGGUGUCGGACAUGGUCCACAUUGAUGAGAACGGCAAUCGCAUUGGCGGCGCCGAUAAGCCGGUGAACACGGCAGGGUUCAUGAUUCACUCUGCUCUGCAUCUGAGGCGACCGGACGUCAACGCUGCCUGCCAUAUGCACAGCCCCUAUGGCCGAGCAUGGAGUACCUUUGGACGCCCAAUCGAGAUGCUGAACCAAGAUUCCUGCAUGUUCUACAACGACCUCUCCGUUUAUCCCUCAUUUGGUGGUGUCGUUCUCGCCAAGGAGGAAGGUCAGCGUAUUGCCGAUCACCUCGGUCCUACCAACAAGAACAUAAUUUUGCAGAACCACGGUCUUCUCACCUGCGGGGGCACCGUUGGCGAGGCGGCUGCUUACUUUAUUGCUCUUGAGCGCGCUUGUCAAAGUCAGCUUUUGAUCGAGUCAGCCAUUGCUCCGGGCAGCAACGGUGCUGCGAGCGGUCUGAAGAAAACCCUAGUUGAUGACGAGGAAGCUCAGUACACCAAGGAUGGCACUGGUACUCCGGAAGUCAUGUACAUGCAAUUUGUUCCGGAGUAUCAGUUGAUUUUGAAGGAGUCGGGUGGCGACUUCUUGCUGUAA